AAGUAUUGAAAGGGUUAGAGGGAGGGUGGAGAUCGGACCUUUGGGACUGCAAAUUGAUUCCUGCAAUUUAAUAGCCCCACCUCCCUGUGGCCCUACCCCUGCAAAGGGGGUGUCUUCAUUUGAAGUGUGUAAUAUUUUUAUCAGUUGCUUUGUCACUGACAGAUGUUGAAAGCGCUUUGCCGGGGAUGUAGAAUUACUUGUGGAAUGUUUAGCAUGUAAGCCUCAUAUCCUGAAUUGGUCUCUCCUGACUGUUCCAUCCAGCACUCCUCACUAGGGUGCAAAGUGGCUCUGGCACAUCAACACUUCUAACUGGAAAAGUGGAUUUUGUCAAGGCAUCGGACUACUUCACCUGCAAGUCAGUGAAUAUUCUUCUUUUACUCCUUGGAAGUGAUUUGGGCUAAAACCCUUUGCAUCAUGGAUAUUUGGGAGAGUCAACAUCAAUACUGACUAAAAGGUGGUUCGAAACUUUGUCUCAAUUUAUGCAAACAAAGUCAGGACGUGGAUUUAUACAUAUGAGCGAUGUCCAUAGUAAGGCGCAGGCACUGACCGAUACUCAAGCUCGUCUUUAUGCCUUUCUACAAGAGGACACUUAGGCCCCAGUCUUCCUGGGGAAGAAGUCGUCACAGUUCAUGGUGUGUUGACACAUCCCAAUGUUUAACUUCCCAGAAUGAAGGAGCCUGGGGGUAUCAUGGACACAAACCAAGGACUGACAAUGAUAAUAAAGAAGCUACCCCAGAAGAGAUUGAGACUGUGCGUGCCCAAGUUAUCCAUGUCCAACCUGGUUAUGUUAUCCCCUUUCCAACAUGGGUUCCUAAAGCAGAGACAGGCCCCAGGGGUCACACAAAAACAUUGGUGCCAAGUAAACCCACAGGUGCAACAGCUAUGUCUGUUCAGGUCCAGAAUUUUACAGAUGUUUGCCUCCGCUGCUUGGUAACUGUUCUCCUCCAGCUCUCUGAUCUGUGCCGCCUCUCGCUGUCACUCUGUGAGGAGCUGGAAGAGGAGCUGCUUGUUCUGCACAAACGUACCGCAACCCUCCAACACCGAACUGCAGCCACCUACAUAACUAUCUGUAGGGCGCGCCAGCGAGAACUAACAACCCAGCACAGCAGCAUCGUACUAGCUGCUUCUGCUGUGGACCAAUCGAAGUUGGCAAACUGGCAACAACAGCCAGUAAAUGUUUUUCUGUCCACUAAGCGGCCUCCUUGCGUGGAAGAGCUUCAUCAAGAGGCUGAACUGAACCUGCAGAGCCUUCUUCAGGCUGAUUGCUUUACAGAAGAAUUUGAAGAUCGCUAUCUAGACACUAAAGUCACUGGGCAAACAUUCCGCUAUUCUGCCCUCUCGCAAUCUGCAACACUUCCUCCAGAGACUCCCACCAGGAAUACCCCCAAGCGCCUUGAGUUUGUAUAUCUGCCAACCAACAGAAGAGUUAGUGAAGAUGAAACCACCACUGCCGGUGUUAGGCCACGGGAGACAUGCCUGAGUUUACCAACAACCCCAGACAAGCAAGUGGCUUGGAUUAAAGCUUUCCCAUUCCCUAUCCCAGAGGAGAGGAGAUGGCAUCAAUCUAACUCCAUCCAGGCAAACGUUGUACCUAUCAAUGUGUCAGGGGAACUUUUUGAUAAACAUGCAAACUCCCGGCAUUCCUUGUUCAAUACAGAGACCGCAGUAAAUCCGAAGACCACUCUGAGACGCAGAAGGACUGUGAUUGGAUUCUCCCACCAUCAGUCACAGGAUCACGUAGACAAAACUCCAUUGGCAGAGGCAACCCCCAAGCCAAGCACAUCAGGCAAUGUCAACGGUGUAACGUCUAUUGAACCUCCGCCAGAUAGAGAAGAGUCCCCACCUCCUAAGCCUGAAGCAUUUCAUGGGAGACAUCCUGGAGGAAGAGCAGCUACUCCCCAUCCUCAGCAGCUUCCUUUAAGAAAGACGUUUAGUGACCUUGGGCAUAUUUUGCAGUCGCCAAGCAACAUGGACAAUGCAGGUGUUAUGUAUGCUAAACCUCCAUGCAAUGGAGCGAAAGACUCUUCUAUGUCUUUAAACUGGCAGGAAAGCUCAUUUAACUACAUGAGUCCAUCUAGCCCAGUCAAAAGCCAGCACAGUAGUGAAACAACAAAACCUUCCACCUUAUCAAUGGCUUCUCCUGGAAUGUCUAAAGGUGCAGGAUCGUAUAAGCACAGAAAAGAGAACAUAGUGAGGAAUAACAGUGGAAAUAUGUGUUCUAGUGCUACUCUUCCAGCCCCCACAGUAAAUCACACAAAAACUGAAGAGUUAAAAGGCAUCUUUCACACUGGUCAAACAGGGGGAAUCAACUCGUCAACAUUGCCUACACUAUCUAGUGAGUGCACUUUCCGCGAGAGGUCAUUAUCAAUGCCUACUGACUCAGGUUCCCUAUCCUCUGUAGAUAUUGCCUAUACAGAGAACAGGAGAGGAAGUGGGGACUAUGCCCUAAAUUAUCCUAGUGCAAGCUCUGAAGAGAGCACCAGUACUGAGAAUGUAUCUGUUUCAGCAGAGCAAGACAACCAGGAAAGGAGGAGAUCUCGGAGCAUCUCUUUGAGAAAGCCAAAAAAGAAGCCAUCACCUCCUGCUCGCAGUGUUUCGUUGAUUAAAGAUGCAAGUGGCCAGAAAUUACAACCGGUAGCCACCAUGCCAAAGGACCAACGGCCUAAAAGUCUCUGUAUUGCCUUUGAUAGCCAAGGGCACAGUUAUAUUCAAACAUCCAUGCAUGGUAAUGCAACAAUGCCAACAUCAAAAAGCUUGCACAGUUGGAACCUUAGUGACUGCAAAUCCAAUGACUUGUAUAGGUCUCUGUCUGGCUCUAGCACAAUGACAGGUACCACUGUGAUAGAACGCAUGAAGGCACCAGGAAGUUCAGAAUCAUUAAGUUCUCUUUCUUAUUCUAGGGCCACUACCCCCUCCCAGGUUUCUACUGAGACAGACUUAAAAAUGUCUCCUGGAAAACCUCCUGGCCUAAUGUCACCAUCAAGUGGUUACUCUAGUCAGUCAGAGACCCCAACUGCAGUGCCAACAUCAUUGAUUCUUGGCCACUCUCCUUACCAAAGCAGUAAGGUGAGACCACUUGUUCCUGAGAGAAAGUCUUCACUGCCAGCUGUUUCACCAAUUGACAGAAGCCCAAAAGUCCACCAGUCUUUUGAUUUACCAAUUACUCCAUCUACACAUACACAUAUGGACCUAACUACACUGCGAAGGCCUUCAAAAGGCAAAAUAAGGGCCAACCGAAAUGCAUCUGAAUCAACCUUCGGUACUUCUAAACUUAACCAAAAGACUAGUCCAGUGCAGCCCAUAAUGCCUAUGGUUACCCAGUCUGACUUGAGAUCCAUACGUUUGCGAUCAGUCAGUAAAUCAGAGCCCGACGACAGUUUUGAUGGCAUCGAUCAUAUCGAUGAACUUGCUGACGAAGCAUUCCCGUUGCCUGAAAAAAAAAUAAAACCUCCAGUUGCAGAGAAACCCCCAAUGUCCAGAAGACCAAUAAACCUUUCCUACAGAAACCCUGCAGUUACACCGGAAUCCCCUGUUCUAUCUCCCAGUACUCCUGGAACACCUGCCAGAGAUCAAGUAUCGCCACAGGAUGCCUACCUGGUGAUUGGAACUAUUAGAUACAGGAAAAUGAAUGAUACAGAAGCUCGCAUAGAAACUCCCCCUUCCUUAGACCCGUCACCCCCUUUCGAUAGUUGCUUUCCUGCAACCCAUUCAGUGGUUAGAAGUUUUUCGCAGAGCAGCAUUGAAGAAGAAGAGCUCUAUAAAGGUAAACAACUGCCUGAAAGAAUAACUCUACAAAGCUUGAACUAUAUGGAUUCAAAGAAAAUCAAGGUUCCACCGCCUAUUCCCAAAAAGCCCAGUGUUUUACAUCUUCCAGUUUCCAGUCCACCUCCUCCUAACCAAAUGGCAUCCUCACCUUCCGAGCAACGUUCGUCGCCGAUCAUUACUCUAGACGCUGGCACAAGCUCUUUUCCUGACAUUAUUGAGUUCCAAAAAUAUCACGGAGUUAUCUCUGCUGCUCAGCCAGAUGUAAUAACUAUUGAUCCUCUGUCAGGAGCUUUUACAGACUUAUCAGAGGAGAACAAAAGUGUAUCAAACAAAACAGCAGAAUCAAUCACAGAGGAUGAUGAUGAAGUUUUCGUCAGUUCACGCACAACGGAAGACUUAUUUACGGUCAUACACAGGUCAAAAAGGAAGUUAUUGGGAUGGAAAGAUUCUGGAGAUUCUUUUGGAAGCCGGCAAAGCUCAGUGUCACCGGUAAAGAAUUCAGGUAGCUCCACAAGUAGUGACUAUUCAACUGGGACCAUGAGCAGCUCGCGGUCAUCCAGCAAAAAUGAAGACUUCAAAGCCCUUCUCCAGAGAAAAGGCAGCAAGAGCAACAUUGGGUCUCGUCCUUCAGCUGCCGAACUUCUCAAGACAACUAAUCCCUUGGCACGGAGGGUCUUGAACGAGUUUGCUCCAGAGAUUGAGAAAAGUGGCAGCACUAAAACCUUACCAUGAAAUGUAGGCCAACUUUGGGCAAAACGGAAUAGAUAAGAUAUGAACUAUACAGAAGAAACCCUUUUGAAUCCACAAUUCAGCCCAUCCUCUAAUGGGGGACAGUGUUCUACUGAGUAACUUCAGGCUAAAAUCACAGAACUAUACUUUUCUCUUUGGAGGAUACCUGAUAUAUAAAAAGCCUUCUUAAUCAGCAGAUAGUUUCUGAAUCUCCCUUCCAAGAUGACAUUAGUGGAAUGGACCAUCUAUGAGGUCAUAUUGUGCCAAGCUUAUAAACUGAUAUACCAUACUGUAAGUGUAUGUAUCAAUAUUGUGGCAUCUAUCACCAUCUCUUUACUGGAAUGUACAGGGACAUCUGCAUGAAAUCCAAAACAUUUCUAUAAUGAUAACAAGCUUUUUUUGCAUUAUUCUACGAUGUAUGUUAUAUACUGGCUGAACGCAUUGGAAGAAGGUUCAGUUUGUUGGAGGAAAAUAAUAUUUCCCUCUAGGAAAAUAAAACAGAAGCACUCACACACAUACAAUUGUUUUUAUAUGGUUUGGCACUAAAAUGUUUGCCAAUAAUAAUCAGCUAUUAUAUUAAAUUAUACAGGGCACUGGGUUGGCCAGCCAUUUUCCAAUUACAUUAUGCAAAGAGAAAUUAUAUCCCAUAUGUACUUCUUGUGUCCAGGCACAUAAGUAAAUUUAACAAAGUAACAAUAAUUCUAACAAAAACAAAUGUUACAAAACCAUUAAAGUAGUCCAGCACAGCCUAUAGCAUAUCAUAGAGUGGGGACUGGGCCUCCGAAAAGCCCCCCAGAGAACAGUAGACAGAGGAAUGGGUGUCAUAUAGAAAUAAGAAAGGGCUGAUGGAAAUUGUCCUUGGCUGGGGCCCAACAGGAGAUCCUUUGGUACUCUGGCUGUGGCACAGACCAUCCUAUCUAUGCAUAUAGAGUAGGCAUUGCUGGGUUACUUUAACCAAGACAUUCUCCACAUAUACAAAUAGCAAUAUCACCAUCUAGAGGUCAGAGCUGAGGAAGGCAAUAUAGACACUUCCAUUAAAGCCAAAAACAUAAUGAAGGAAUAUUUUACAGCAACAAUAAUCUGUGCCCUAAUACUGUCCCUUUAAGGGAACACAAAUAGAAGAUGCACCCCUAAAUAUAAAGAAGGGAUAAUUUACCUUUUAAUGUUUGUUUGAAAUGAAUGGGAAGCUUUGAUGUUGAGUACUAACUGGAAUGGCAGGCAGCUGCUUUCACCUGCACAAAUGUUGCCAAGCAGGUUGUUAAUAUAAUUGGAUAUUGGUUUUAUUGCUGUGAGUUGACAAUCAAGGGAUGGUGCUAAUGAAACAAAGCACUUUUGCCUACUGGGUGUGUUCGUGAGAGACGCCAUUUCUUAUUGAGAGGAAUGCAAUUUGGGGGGUUACAUAUUUUUAAAGACGAGACAAUGUUUUCUUACCAGUAACCCCCCACAUCAAGACUGUUCUCCUUCUUUACAAAUUCAGUUAAAUUGUUAUUUAUUUAUUUUUAAUAUGGAUGUUUCUCACAAAAGGGCAGCCCUCACUCAGGUGUAACCCCUUAACACAUGUCACUGCCAUUGGUACACUUACUGGGUGCUAGAUAAAGGGGGAUCGUUUAUUUUGGUCCUGGGAGGGACUAAUAUCACGCACAUGCUGCUGCCAUUGGUGAUCUGGUCUGCUGUAUUAUCUGGCACAGACCUUCCCUGCCUUACUUUGGGGCAAUGCUGUAUAGUAAUGUGAGUGAGUGCUCAGGUCUGCAGGUUGAAGUAACUAAAGGAUCCAUGAUGCAGGUACAAUUUCAGUUACUCCCCAGAAAAAGAAUGCCAGCACAGCAAGGCAAGGCCAUAAAAAUGUAAUUAUUCUCUUAAAAAAAGCAGUUUUGUGUUGGAUAAAAGAAGAUUAUAAUUUAGAAAAUAGCCAGGCAUUAAGCUCUAAAUCCUGAUAUUUUGCAGAAGGCCAUAAUACUACAUAGUAGUUUGCUAGUUUGCACAAAGUACAUACAAAGACAAGAGGUCCCCUGCACUCUCCCAUUAUCAAAAUGAUAAGGACAUUGACAUUAAGCUACCAAAAAUGCUAAUGUACAAAGAGCAGUUGUGCGCUAUGCACUAAAAAAUCCAACUCCCCAGAUAUUUGGCUAUUAAAAUACUAGGAAUAUAUUUUCACCCAUUUCCUGGUUCACAGGAAAUAGAUUGAAAAAAAUAUAGGCAUCCUAAUGUGAAUGAGCCCUUACUGCUUGUUAAUGCUUUUAGGGGCACAGAUAAGUCUGUGGUUCAACUUGAGUUCAGUGAAUAGGGCAUGUACUGAAUACACUUACUGAAUAUUGUUCUAAUCAGUAGAAAUCUACAUUGUACAGUUUUGGCUAUUUCUUGAGCUGAACAGGAAAGCUGAGACUACUCCAUGUUUGUUUCUUGCAAGGCAAUAUAUAACACAUGCCCUUUACCCCAAUGAUGUGUCAGUUUUGUUAGCAGAAGUCCAUUAAGCAGGGGGAUUAUCUGUGCACUAGUAUUCUAAUGCUACACCUCGCAAGGACAAAACAUAAUGUUUGCCCAGUUUGUUUAGAAACAACAAAAAAUAUAGAUAUUUCAUAAUUAAAACAAUUAGAAUAAACUAUGCUCCGUCCAAGCCCCAAUCACUGCACUCAUGUUGAAGAAAGGGCUAUACUGCCCAUUUACAGCCCUGAACUUUUGAUAUGAGCUUUGAUAAUGUUACUCACAUCGCAGUAUUAUGGCUAAGGUGUUUCCCUUUUAGGAACCACAGCACUCAUUGUGGUAUUUAUAUUAUACAGUACAUAGAUUUGUUUGCAUAUAUACACAUAUAUCUUAGACGUUCAUUUAGCAUAUCUGCAACAUUGCAACAAGUGUUAAUGUAUAAACUUCCUAGGGCAUUUCCUCAUGCUGCCAUGUCUGUAUAUUCAAGGCUUAAUUAGCUAGGAAACAGUUGUGCCCUUUCACAUUACAGAAAUUCUUACUGCAGGGAUUUGCUUUGGAAUUCAGCCACCACACUAGAUCCCACCAAAUACUCAUUUUAGAUUCAGGAUCUCCUCUAAGAGCUCUGGCACACUAGGCAUCAUUUACUCUGACCCCCGACACAACUGCAAGAGCACUAAUGGGGGCAAAAAGCACCCUCCUUAGUACUAAUUUAAAAAGCACUUAAAGGGGCUGCACUUUUACUAUAAUGUAGAGAUUAAUAGUCCAUGAUAAUUUGCAAUUGGUCUUCAUUUUUUACUGUUUGUGUUUUUUUUAAUUACUUCACUUUUUGUUCAGCAACUCUCCAGUUUGGAGUGUCAGCAGCUGUCUGGUUGCUAGGGUUUAAAUUACCUUAGCAACCAGGGAGUGGUUAAAAUGAGAGACUGAUAUAUGAAUAGGAGAGGACCUGAAUAGAAAAAUAAGUCAUAAAAAGUAAAAUAACGGUGAAAUUGUACCUCAGAAAGCAAUAGAUUUUUUUUUCUGCUGGGGUCAGUGACAGCCUUUUGAAAAUUGGAAAGAGUCAGAAAACUAUAAAUAAAUAAAUAAUGAAGACCAAUUGAAUUGGUUGAGUUCAGUUGGUUAGAAUUUUCCAUUCUAUAGUAAAUGUUAACUUAAAGGUAAACUAUCCCUUUAAAGCACUCAGAAUGUUAUGCUGGAGUGGAAAACUUGCAGUAGGUGCAGAGUGCAAAGCCAGCAGGCCCAAGGCAGCCCUGUCCAAGAGGUAAGUACAAGGCUCCAGUGCGGCCUGCAGCCUUUGGCAUUGCCUAACUUACGUGCCUGAAAGACGUGCAAUGUAGAGGAUAGGUAGGAAGUGGGAGAUGGGACACCUAUAUGGUUUCCCCCGCCAGCUCCUUAUCAAUACAUAGCUGCUGAAUGCAGGUAAUGUACUUUUGGGAGAAAUGUAGGAAGCAAAGUAAAAAAAGACAUGGUGUAUUGAGUCCAUUUUUUGGAUUUUGCACUCUGCCCUGCACUUAGUAAAUGACCUCAACUGAGUGUUUUGUCUACCGCUGUCAUCCAGCAGAAAACUGACAAAAUGCCCCUCUCUGUCUGUCAUGGCUCCUAUACUAGUAAAUGAAAGCUUGCUACUCGGCAAAUAGGUGGAUGUCUGGGCCAAAAUGCUUAAGUGUUUUUCUGCCUGUUCCAUCCAAUUCCCCCCUGUGCGCAUCGGACGGGGUAAAUUCUAGUCACUAUUAUUAUGAGAGAUCCCUUAUACAAACUUGCUGUGGAUUUAAUGCAUACUGUCAUUCAAAUUCUUGUCCUUUUACUCAGCCCAAAGCCCGGGCGCAUUAUUACACAAUUGAUGCCACACAGGGUUGAUUUUCGUCCAGCAGAAAAGCGCAGCCUGAGAAUCAGCCGGUACACAGGAAUCAGCCUUUUUCAUUGGCGGCAUUCAAGCUGACACAAUGGUUCCAGGUGCAGGCAAGGAAGAAAGCUGAUGCCAACGGAGGGGCUGAUUCUUGGCCUGCAUUUUUUUGCUGGACAAGAAUAAGACCGGAGGGGCAUCGGUCUUAAACAUGGAGCUACAUUAUUGUGUCAAAACAAAGGGAAAGAGAAUAAAAAGCACUAAAAAUGUUUAUUAAUUCCCCCCCCCCCCAACUCGCCAAUGUAAAAAUGACCACUGUACACUUAAAUGUGGAUUAACUGUUGUAUCAUCCUGUUAUCUUCAAUCCACAGAUUGGUACAGUCAUGUAUUUUAUAAAUAUAUAUAUACAAUAUAAAUAUAUAUAUAUAUUUCUGGAUGUUGUACUUUGUAAUUACUGGAAAUGCUGAUCUCUGGUUCAAGUGUUGCCGUCGGAGCCUUGUGCUAUGAUGAUGAACUGAGUUUGCCUUUACUUUUGGAUUCUUCAUUUUGAAUGAGGUCAGCCCUACCGUUUGCUAGAUUAUUAUGCUUUUUAUUUUGUUCGUGACGAUCAACUGUCAACAAUGAUUAUGGACUGAAUUUGUGUACAAUUUCCAAAGUCUUGAUACAUACUGCUUUUUAUUUUGCAUCCAGGUAAUAAAAUGUAUCAGUUUAUUAAA